GUUAAUGUUAGAACAUUGAAUGUUCAACUGGAAAUAUUUAAGGUGUUGAUGAAGGACGGAGAAUUUACCUGUUUAGAUGACAUUUUAGCCAAGAUCAAGCAGCUUUCUGAAGCCGAAAAGUGUAUGAUAACUUAGCCUGAGUUUCAGGCGUUUGGGGGGAAAGGGGAAAGAUGGAAGCGAAAAAUCAUUCAAAAUAUCCUCUCCCCUAGUCCCUUAGGAAGGCCUGAUACUCAGGCUAAUGAUAAAUGAAAUCAUAACCCUAUGUAAACUUCUUCUUGUAAAUCCAGCAACCAGUGCAGCAGGCGAGAGAUCCUUUUCUUCUGCUCGGAGACUAAAAACGUGGCUACGCUCGACGAUGACACAAACAAGAUUUAGCAAUCUGACAAUACUUAAUACCCACAAGCAGAGAACAGACAAACUUUGUCUUAUAGAUGUUGCCAACGAGUUUGCAACUCUCAAUGAAAAUCGACAAAGCAACUUUGGCACCUUCAAAGAAUCCGACUUAAAAAUGUCCGGGUGA